AUGGGGAGCAGUGCUUUCGCCCUGGUCCUUGCCCUGGCCCUGGCAGCGCACGUCACCCCGGUGGAGAGGAAGUGCCUUCUCUCCGGGUCAUGGCGGAGCGAUGCCGGAUGCCGGAUGGUCGUGUCUGUCCUCGGCAAGGACGGAAGCUUCUCCGGUUCCUACCUGCCGGGGCCUGCUGCUGGCAACUUUGAAAUCCUCACCUCGCCACUGGAGGGGUCCCAGCAGGACGCGGGGCUGGUUCUGCAGCCCACCUUCUCCUUCACCGUGCACUGGCGGCUCCGAGACUCAGAGGCAAGCUGGACAACUGUCUUCCUGGGCCAGUGCUAUGUGGGCACCAACGGGGAGGAGACCCUGCACACCCUGUGGCUCCUGAGAGAGGCAGCCCACAGCGCCUCUGAGGAUUGGAAAGGCACGCGGAUUGGCACCAGGAUUUUCACCCGGAUAAAAUAA